GUAAAAAUGAAGACCAGGUUUGAUACGUACGAUUUAGUAUGUUCGAUCGCAGAAUUACAAAAAUUAGUGGGCAUGCGAGUGAACCAGAUCUACGACAUAGACCACCGAACAUACCUAAUCCGUUUACAACGUAGUGAAGAAAAGAAAGUUUUACUUCUCGAAUCCGGGAACCGGAUUCACACUACCGCCUUCGAGUGGCCUAAGAACGUCGCGCCAUCUGGCUUUAGUAUGAAAAUGCGCAAGCACUUAAAAAACAAGCGCCUUGAAUCUUUGACCCAGAUCGGAUGCGACCGAAUGGUAGAUCUUCAAUUUGGCAGCAACCAAGCCGCUUACCACGUGAUCCUGGAGGUCUACGACCGAGGAAACAUCGUCCUUACCGACCAUGAGUACACCAUCUUAAAUAUCCUUCGACCCCACACAGAGGGGGACAAAAUCCGGCUGGCAAUCCGGGAAAAGUACCCUACAGAUCGCGCUCACUUAACCACAAUGUCACCUCCUGAACUUAUUCAUGAGAAACUAUCCUCCGGCAAAACUGGAGACCCCUUAAAAAAAAUUUUAAACCCUCUUUGCGAGUUCGGGUCCGCUUUGAUAGACCACGUGCUUUUAUUAAACGGAUUUGUACCUGGGUGCAAAGUGGGCAAGAGUUUUUUUCUGGACAAGGAUUUUGACCGGCUGAUGGUAGCCUUGAACCAAGCUAGCAAUUUGAUGGAGCAAGCAAAGACAAGUCCAUCAAAAGGCUACAUAGUCCAAAAAAAGGAGACCAAAGCUGUUGAUAGCGAGGAAUUCAUUUUGGCCAAUAUUGAUUUUCACCCCCGGCUGCUGGAGCAGUUUAAAGAACAACCAUUCAAAGAGUUCGAUACCUUUGACCUGGCUGUUGAUGAAUACUACUCGACAAUGGAGGGCCAGAAGCUGGACUUGAAAGCUCUUGCACAGGAACGUGAGGCGCUGAAGAAGCUGGAGAACGUCAGGAAAGACCACAAUCAGCGGCUGGCUGGUUUAGAAGCUCAUCAAGAAACCGACAAGCAGAAAGCAGAGAUGAUAAUCUUGAACCAGGAGCUGGUGGACAAUGCUAUACUCGCGAUCCAGAGUGCUUUGGCAAAUCAGAUGCCCUGGCCAGACAUCCAGGUGCUGAUCACUGAAGCCCAGGUCAGGGGUGACCCGGUUGCGCUAGCUAUUAAAGCUCUGAAGCUGGAGACCAAUCAUAUCUCUGUCUACCUGACCAAUCCUUAUGACAGUGAAGACUCUAGUAAUGAGAAUGAAGGAGAUGUGGAGAGGAACAUCAAGCCGAUGCUUGUAGACAUUGAUCUAGCACAGACUGCUUAUGGAAACGCGCUGAAGUACUUUGACCAGAAGAGGUCAGCUGCGAAGAAGCACCAGAAGACGAUUGACGCUCAGGGAAAGGCGCUGAAGUCCGCUGAGAGGAAGACCAAGCAGACUUUGAAAGAGGUUCAGGCAAUUCAUAGUAUCAACAAGGUCAGGAAGGUGUACUGGUUUGAAAAGUUCUACUGGUUUAUUACUAGUGAGAAUUACCUGGUGAUUGGAGGAAGGGACAUGCAGCAGAAUGAACUGAUUGUUAAGAAGUAUCUCAGGGCUGGAGAUGUUUAUGUCCAUGCUGAUCUUACGGGAGCGAGUUCUAUUGUAGUGAAGAAUCCUAGUGGGAAUCCGGUGCCGCCGAAGAGCUUGGCUGAAGCGGGAACCAUGGCGGUGGUGUACAGUGUCGCUUGGGAUGCUAAGGUCGUUGCUGGAGCUUGGUGGGUUCAUCAUGAUCAGGUGUCCAAGACUGCGCCGACUGGAGAGUAUUUGACUACCGGGUCGUUUAUGAUCAGGGGGAAGAAGAAUUACUUGCCGCCUUGUCAAUUGGUUAUGGGACUGGCGUUCUUGUUCAGGCUUGAGGAUGGAAGUAUUGAGCGGCACAAGGGAGAGAGGAAGUUUAGGGGGAUUGAGGAUGAUGAAAGUGUCUUUGGAGAUCAAGGGGAUGAUGUUGAAAUUGAUAUUGAUUCCGGGAACGACUCGGAUGGUAAUGACUCUGAAGGUAAAGAAGAUUUUGACGCCGAAGGUAAUGAAAAUGAUGCGGAUAAAGAAGAAACCGUUGAAAAAUUACCAGCAAUUGAAGAAAAUGAUUCUGAUUCUGAUCAAGAGUCACUUUUUCCAGACACUCAGAUAAAAUUAGAUUUAACUGGGUCUAAAGUUAAAUUACUAAUUGAUAAUAAAAGACCAUUGGAGCCAGAAGAAGAAAUAGUGUACCUGGGAGAUGACAAGCCAGUUGUAGUUAAACACUCACAGAAAAGCAAACCAAAGGCUCCAGAGACUCCCAAAGAGGAUGCUAAAGAUUCCGCAAAAGUUGAACCGAAAGAUUCUGGGAAGCCGAAGCGAGGCCAGAAGGCAAAGCUGAAGAAGAUAAAGGAGAAGUACAAGGAUCAGGAUGAAGAAGACCGGAGGAUUAUCAUGGAGAUGACAAAGCCUAAUCCGGCGAGGGAAGAAAGGAGGAUGAAGAAGAAGAAGAAUGUUCACUUGGACAAGAACCAGCAGAAGAAAAAAGGCGGAAAGCCUAUGAUGGUAAAACAGGCUCCUGAAGGCGAGGAAGAUGAUGAAGAAGUCGGUCCAGCGCCUGAGUUAGACAUGUUGGAUCAGUUUACCGGCAAGCCUGUUGAUGAAGAUGAACUCUUGUUUGCAGUUCCUGUUAUCGCGCCUUAUUCUACGGUGGUUAAUUAUAAGUACAAGAUUAAGUUGAUGCCCGGGACCGGGAAAAGAGGAAAAGCGGCUAAGACGGCCGUUGCUAUGUUUUUAAAAGACAAAGCUGCGACUCCGAGGGAAAAAGAUCUGCUUAAAGCAGUCAAGGACGAAGUUGUGGCUAGGAAUAUUCCAGGAAAGGUUAAGAUUAGUGCGCCCCAAGCUCUCAGGGGUAAAAAGUGA